UGUUUAGCGCAUUACGCUUUUUAUGAACUGCCGUUGCCCAUGACAUUCUUGCAGAGGGUGCGCAAAGCACGUGAAAAUGAUCCGUUUCGGCGUGCUGGUGUCCAUGCUGAUGGGUUUCCUGUAUCAGGCGUCCAAAGUUGUCGAGCAGUACCUCAGCUACCCCAGCGCCGUUGACGUCCGUUUCGAAGGGACCGAGACACUCCUCUACCCGGGCCUUUCCAUCUGCGUCACAAACUGGAUCAGCAGGACGAAGCUCUGCCAUCGUUACCCGGAAUACUGUAACCUGACGUCAGAUAACAUGAACCACCUUCGACGCUUUCUACUGACUGCUGGCAACCUGGGCGAGAUAGCGCACAACUCGGAUGACGUCCUCCAGAUUGGAUUCAUUACGCCGGCACAAUACUUCUUCGAGUUUUACCUCAACCCAAAUGUCACGAAAAUGUCUUACUGUCGUCUGCCAACGCACAUGUGCUACACCACAAACUGGAGAAGCGACCCGAAAAUCAACACCGUUCACCAGAAUGUUCUCGCCUUCGAGAUGACCCUGCUCUUUGCCUGGCCAGAAGAUGACCUCGUUGUCAUCGAUCCCUUCGAGAUGGACCUGGGCUUUCACGAUGUUGAUACCAACACUGCAGGCAGCAAACACGCCAUUGUGUUCAAUCCUUCCGGAGAAUUUUUAUUCGGCAUAACGCAGGAAGGAACUAUUUCUUUGGCUGCUCCUUAUGACACAAUGUGUCAUAAUUACACCGAGCGUCUUAAGUUGCCCUCCUACGAAGUUCUUUACACAAAAGAGAUGUGCUACGAGGAAUGUCGAAAAGAUAUCACAAAAUCUGUGUGUGGCUGUGUUCCAAACGACUACGCUUAUCGCAAUCACAUCAGCGAGAAGGUGUGCGAUAUGGAGGUUACAGCUGCUUGCGUACAGACAGAUAGCAGGUCCAUUUACACCAAAACGUGUACUCAGAAGUGCAGGACGGCUUGCAGGGAGACGGUGUACAAAACGACACAGUCCGCGUGGAAGCAAGAUAUGAGACGGUCUGAUGAAGAUCUCUAUUACGUGAAAGUUCGUGCGAUGAUGACGUCACGGAGCGUGGGCGUGCUCCAGUUCAUUCCACUUCUCACCGGGACUCAGGUCUUGGGCGUAGUGGGCGGCUACCUAGGGUUCUGGAUGGGUAUGGCCAUUUAUGUCACAACGGCAGACCUCGCCAUGUUCCUCUUCGAGCAAUGUCGCCUGAGGGCCAAGUCACGUCUGACUAAAGCAGAGAUCUGGACCUUCUUCAAGGUGACGAAGAUAAGCCUGUACAUCGGGUCUCUGGCGGCAUGUUCUGUGAGUGUCUACAGGGACUUCAACUCUUACCGGCACUACUACACAGCCGUCACCUACGAGGACAACAACAUACGGGGCGUGCAGUUUCCUUCCGUGACCGUCUGCUCUUUCGAAGCGGUAAACUUCACCCGCAUGUGCGAGGAGUACGGUAAAUUCAACAGCUGCGUCACCGCAAACUUCGACACCACAGUAGGGAACGACAUUGUGGCCAUGAAGUACGUCAUCAACUUUACGUUUCCAGCGCCGGACAUGCUUUUCGCUUGCUCGAUGACCUUCAUGGGAGAAACGUGCGAGGAUUUCGUCUGCGACCGUCUUUGGCAACCGACAUACACGUACGUGAAGACUGGGGUGUGCUACGUGCUCGACCUCUCAAAAGCACCUCAGGUGGUACGCUGUCAGGAGCAGUACAAAUACAAAUUGCGUUUUCGAGUGCGAGCAGACACAAAAAAUCCGCCGAGUGAGGGCCUUCUUUUCUCCGCACUUGCACAUGCCCGCGAGAGCUACACGUCGGGCAUUGUGCAUACUUUUAGGUUUCAGGCUACGAUGAAGUACAUCAUUCCUGUGUCGCAGACUGAGUUUGUCUCUCUGCCGCCGCCGUACGAAACUCGAUGCAUAGACUAUAAAGCCACGUCGGACGAGACGCUCUACGGAGACAAAGAAAUACAAGAAGAGGAAUGCAGCGAGUUCUGCGUCGCCCAAAAGUGGCUGGACACGUGCAGUUGCAUAUCCAAAAUGUAUGCCGUCAAGCAUAGGAUGAAGGGCCACGUAUGUGAAUACGUACCGCACAUGCGAUGCAUCGAUGCCUUAAUAGCCAAGCGGUGGUUUCGGCAGUGCCAAGACCUGUGCACUCGAGGAUGCAAGGACACCCGCUACAAGGGUCUCAUGUUUCAAACUGGAAAAAUUGAAAAAUACAUCAAAUACGAGAAUGCCGAGGCUGAUUUGACGGUGCUUAUGGGAUCCACAAAGCGUAGAAUCGUCAGGAACCGGGCUCGCAUGACGAUUGGAGACUUCCUCCUCUACCUCUCAGGUCACGUGAGCAUGUGGCUUGGCGUUGCCCUAAUCAAUGUCACGCAGUACGCGUUAUUGGCUUUCAAUUAUGUUAGGCACUACAUAAAAUCGCUUAUGUGAGGAGAAUAUAUCCUUCUUUUCGGUGA